UUGGGACGUCACUCGUCACGUGACCUGCAUGUCCCCGGAUAUCCGCUGUGUUGAGAGUAGCUGUUCUGAGUGUGACCCGGCCGCUCUGAGCUCGUAGCCCGGAGCCUGUGAAAGUGGCGCUGGACACAUGGAGGCCGCUCAGCUGGACCCCGAUGGCGGGGAAUGGCCCAGCGUUCCCGGGGCCCUGGAGGUCGGGGAUACCCCCCGGGGCCCUGAGACCCCCGCACAUGGCGAUGCGCGGCCCCAGGGUCCCGGGGAACAUGAGGAAGCCGGGACUGGUCAUCCCGGGGCCGGGAGUAAUGCGGGUGCGCGGCCCGGGACCGCUGAGAGGGCCCGGAAUCCCAGGACCAGGGGUGAUGAGGGGCCCGGGGGGCAUGAGGAUGCCUGGGCCAGUCAGGGGACCAGGGCUGGGGGCGAUGAGGCCACAGGGAAUGUCAGCACCGGGGGUAUUCAGGGGUCCCGGAGUCUCAGGGCCGGGCCCAGGAGCGAAUGCACUGAGGGGCCCAGGGAUCCAGCCUCUGGGAUCAAUGAGGGGCCCAGGGCUCCAGCCUCUGGGAUCAAUGAGGGGCCCAGGGCUCCAGCCUCCGGGAUCAAUGAGGGGCCCGGGGCUCCAGCCUCUGGGAUCAAUGAGGGGUCUGGGAAUCCAGAAUCCGGGAACAAUGAGGGGUCCGGGAAUCCAAUCUCUGGGAUCAAUGAGGGGCAGAGGAAACCAGCUUCCAGGAGCAGUGAGGGGCCCGGGGAUCCAGCCUCUGGGAUCAAUGAGGGGCCCGGGAAUGCUGUCCGGAGGAGCUAUGUCAGCCCCGACCAUGCCCUCCCCAGCAGCAGUGAGGAGCAUGAGCUUCCCAGGGGUCGGACCAAUGAGGGCCCCAAUGUUGCAAGGAUCGGGGCCGCAGGCCAACGGGUUCCCGGGACCCAUAGGGCUGAGAGGACCCAUGCUUCCAGGACCUGCAGGGAGGAGGGCUCCAGGUCCAGCAUCGUUGGCAAUGAGGAACCCAAUGCUCUUGGGACAAGUUGCCCCAAGGAAUGCGAUGAUGCAGGGACCAAUGCCCCAGAGGAACUCCAUGACACUGGGAGCAUCACCCCAGAGAAGCAGCUUCAUUCAGAACCUAGGAAGGGACAUGGGUCCAAUGAUGGGACCAUGGAGGGGGCCAAGGAUUCCGGGGGCCCAGAGCCUUUUAAGAAACCCAUCGCUGCUGCAAGGCCAAACUGGAAUGAAAAGACCCUGGAGCAACGAAACAAACCACCAGCCUCCCCCGCAGCUUCCCCAUCCGUUAGCCUUCGAGGGGCCGAACGGGAAACGGCCCAGGAUGUCUGCACCAGGCUUCCAUCUGAUGCCAACCGAGCCAGCCCUGCCAUUCCCUAUCGGGAGCCUGCCUGGGCCGGGCGGCCCGAGAGCCUUUACAGCCUGGAGGUGCUGAAAGGCGGCAGCGUUCUGUCAACAAUGAAUGUAAACGAUGUCAGCUGCAUGGUUUUUGGCAGACUCCCCGGUUGCCAUGUCUCACUAGAGCAUCCCUCCGUCUCCCGUUACCAUGCCGUGCUGCAGUACCGCUCUGUUGCUGGUUCUGAUCCGGAUGAAGAACCUGGGUUUUAUGUAUAUGAUUUAGGCAGCACCCACGGCACAUUCCUCAAUAAGCAGCGCAUUCAGCCCAAGACCUACUGCCGUUUUCGAGUGGGACAUGUCCUAAAAUGUGGAGGAAGCACUCGUCUGUUCAUACUACAGGGCCCAGACGAGGACCAGGAAGCGGAAUCCGAGAUGACUGUAACUCAGAUUAAGGAGGCGCGGAGACAGAGGGAGACCCUGCAGAAGAAGAUGCUGGGAGAUGACUCUGAUGAAGAAGAAGAUGGCCCUAACAAGGGACAGGGCAGGACAGAACAGGGGGAGUCGGGCGCUAGUUCUGGCUGCACAUGGGGAAUGGGGGAGGAUGCGAUUGAGGAGGAGAACGAUGAGAACCCCAUCGCGCUGGAGUUUCAGGAGGAGCGCGAAGCCUUGUACCUAAAGGAUCCCAAGAAGGCUCUGCAGGGGUUCUUUGAUAGAGAAGGAGAAGAGCUGGAGUUUGAAUACGAUGAGCAAGGUUCCGGGUCGUGGCUCUGCAGAGUGAAGUUGCCAGUGGAUGAUUCCUCGGGGAAGCAGCUGGUAGCAGAGGUCACCCAUUCUGGAAAGAAGAAGGACUCGGCCAGACUGUGCGCUCUGGAGGCCUGUCGGAUGCUAGAGAUGAGAGGCUUGCUGCGGCAGGAGGCAGUUGCACGAAAAAGAAAGGCUAAACGGUGGGAGGACGAGGAUUUCUACGACAGCGAUGACGACACUUUCCUUGACCGCACCGGAAUAGUGGAAAAGAAGCGUCUGAGUCGCAUGAAAAAAGCUGGGAAGAUUGGAGAAAAACCGGAAACCUUUGAAUCUCUGACCGCUAAACUGGAUCUUGUCGAAAAGGAGAUUGCAGAGAUAGCAGCUCGCCUGAAAACAACCCAGACAGGUGAGUCCCAGAAUUCUGCCCAGGACCCUCUAGAUGCCUUCAUGACUGAAAUGAAAGCCGGCAGCACCAUGGACAGCGUGACCCGCAAGAAGCUGAAUUUGCGGUCCUUGGAGCUGAAGAAGGAACAGCAGAGGCUGAAGACUCUGAUAAAGAUUGUGCAGCCCGUGAAACUUCCUGAAUUAAAGCCUGACCAAACAGAACAAGACCCCAAGACAAAGAAGUUGGCAUUACCGAUGUUUGGGGCUAUGAAGGGAGGACGUAAAUUCAAACUAAAAACCGGAACAGUUGGGACAUUGCCACCAAAGCGGAUGGAUCUCCCCGCCAGCCUGUUUACAAUGAAAGACGAGCCAGAGUUAGAGGAGGAGGAAGUAGACGCCAUGCAAGUGGACGGCCACUCUGAGGCAGCACCUGCACUGGGUCCAGCUCCGGAACAGAUCACCAGCUCAGACCAUGGGCCUAGCGUCCAGAGCACUCUGGAUGCAGAGGAGAACCUGAAGGAAAGUCCCGUGGUCACAAGUUCCAGUAGAAGGGUCCCAGCCCCGAACAGCCACAAACCUCAAGUGACGCAGCCUGAGGAGAUCCCUAAUCCUGCAGCGAAGCAGAAGAAGAUGCGUGGCCCAAGCAGACCCCCACAAAUUGUUUCAUCAAAUUACCCUGAAGAUGACCCAGAUUAUUGCGUGUGGACCCCGCCUACAGGGCAAACGGGAGAUGGAAAGACCCAUUUAAAUGAAAAAUACGGCUAUUGACCACCACUAAACUUGCCCAGCGGUACAUCUGUCGCCAUCAGGGGUAUCGGUCAGUCUUUGUUCCGGUGUUUUAAGUCUUUUUAAGACCCAACACUGAUUUCCUGAGCCGCUGACACGGACCACUGAGCCGCUGACACGGACCACCCUACAUGGUUUAUUUAACCCCUUUAUAGUCCAGAGAUCCCAAAUGUUUACACACCGGAACGUCCGAUGUAUUUAUCUAUCUUCACAUCGUCAAAGAAAUGGUUUAAUGAAAUGUGAUCACUCUAAAACAUCUUGCGUUUAAAUGCUGGUUUUCCAAAUAUUAACCGGAAAGAGACAGUGAGAAGAAUCUCUAAAGAUUUGUGUUUAAGACCAUUCGCUACGUGUCCGCCUGGUUCUAACUUAUGUCACCUCUGCACCCUCCUGCGCUGCCGCCGGCGGAGCAGCCGACGACUACCGAUAGCAGUUCGGACGUGGGGGUGUCGCUCCUGGCUGGAGCGCUGUGUAUUGAGCCACCGCCUGUAACCGUCGCCAAUUUCUGUUUUACUGGAUUCACGUGCUUCAGGUCUUUUAGAAUAGACUUGUUAGAAGGAAUAACCUUGAUAGACCCCCCCCCCACAGCUCCUGUAGAUAGGGCUGUAAUUGGUGUGGAGAUUUUAUUUUCGUGGUUUAUAAUUUUUGCCACCUUGUACAAUUCUGAAGCUGUAAAUACCUGUUUAGUUUGUAGCCUUGUUUCUAAAAUAACAUUAAAAAAAAUUUGUGAACUUA